AGAUUGAGUUCGGUUCGCUUCGCACGUGAGGACUGCAGAGCCGACCGGGCCGGGGAAACUCGGGGCAUACACUUGGGCGACGCUCCCUACGAGCCCGGCGUCAUAACUCUCGCCACUUCCGGCUGCUGUUUUCUACUUCCGCGUUCGCUCUCCCACCCGCGCGCCAGACGACCGAACCGCCCGAACUGUGAGGUGCGCCGACCCGGGAGAAGGCAGGCAGGCGCUGGACGGCCAUGAGGCUGAAGGGCGGCGUUACCGAAGCCGCUGCGCUGCUCUUUCUGGUCCUGCGGCUUGACGUAUCGUACGCUUUUGAGCCCAUCACCACCACGGUGGUCCUCGGAGGCCUGGGGGCUUCGCUGCUCUGGGGGAGCGUGCAGAAUUACUUCAGGGAGGGCUGCAACGCCAAGUGGAUCGAGUUCAACGGCACCGGACUGAAGGUGGACUUGGAGGAGAAGCUGUUUGGACAGCACUUGGCGAGCCGCGUCAUUCUGAAGGCAGUGACGGGCUUUCUGAGCCACGAGAACCCCAAGAAGCCCCUAGUUCUGUCUCUGCAUGGCUGGUCGGGCACGGGCAAGAACUACGUGAGCCAAAUGAUCGCCAACAAUCUGUACAGGAAGGGCAUGAGGAGCGGCUUUGUGCACCAGUUCAUCGCCACGGCCCACUUUCCACACGCUGAGAACGUCGACGUGUACAAGGAGCAGCUGCAGCAGUGGAUCAAGGGCAACGUGAGUAGCUGUCCGCGGUCGCUCUUCAUAUUUGAUGAGAUGGACAAGCUGCAUCCCGGCCUCAUCGAUGGCAUAAAGCCGUACCUGGACUACUACGAGCACGUGGACGGGGUCUCGUAUCGCCAGGCCAUUUUCAUCUUCCUCAGCAAUGCAGGUGGAGAGAAAAUCAACAAGGUGGCUUUGGACUUCUGGAAUGAUGGCAGACAGCGUGAGGAGAUCCAGCUGAGUGACCUCGAGGCGGCCGUAUCGCUGGACGUCUUCAAUAGCAAGCAGAGUGGCUUCUGGCACACGAGCAUCAUCGACAAGAACCUGGUGGACUUCUUCGUGCCAUUCCUGCCCCUCGAGUAUAAGCACGUGCAGAAGUGUGUGAGGGAGGAGCUUAAAGUCCGCGGCAAGGCGGUCAACGAGGACACGGUGAGCGUUGUGGCCAAAGAAAUGACCUACUUCCCCAAACAAGAGCGCGUCUUCUCUGACAAAGGCUGCAAAAUCGUGGAGAAGAAGCUGGACUACUACUUGGAGGACUAGCCGGGGGGCACGGGUGAGGAGGACUAGCCAGGGGGCACGGGUGAGGAGGACGGGCCCAGGCUGGACUUACGCUUUCGGGACCGCUGGUGCACAGCUCGAGUGGACCUUCAGCGGCCCGUUGGCACACACCGCGGGGUCGAGGCCACAGUGAUGGAGGACAAGGUUGGCUCCUUGGUGGCACAGCGUCGAGUCUGCUCGACUUUAAAUGGACGCCAGUUUGAUUUAAGUAUUAAAGUUGGACUUGGAUUGGCGAUUCUAAAA